CACACCAUCACACUCCACCAGCUUAACCACACUCAUCUGAUCACCCAUAGCUAGCUAGCUAGCAGCUACCGAUCGAUGGCUCGUCUCAACAGCAAGGCUGUGGCGGCCGCCGUGGUCCUGGCGGCGGUGGUGCUGAUGAUGGCCGGCAGGGAGGCCUCGGCGGCGCUGUCGUGCGGGCAGGUGGACUCCAAGCUCGCGCCGUGCGUGGCGUACGUGACGGGGAGGGCGUCCUCGAUCAGCAAGGAGUGCUGCUCCGGCGUGCAGGGGCUGAACGGCAUGGCCCGCAGCAGCUCGGACCGCAAGAUAGCGUGCAGGUGCCUCAAGAGCCUCGCCACCAGCAUCAAGUCCAUCAACAUGGGCAAGGUCUCCGGCGUGCCCGGCAAGUGCGGCGUCAGUGUGCCCUUCCCCAUCAGCAUGUCCACCAACUGCGACACUGUCAACUAGUUCAAUAUAUAAUCCUUCCGACGUGCAUGCAAGGACGCGCUUGUGUGGAGCUUAAUGUCUACGUUGAUGGAGUGCUCAUACGAUAUUGAGCUACUAAAAAUAAAAUAAAAGCUGCCUGCGUACGGCACGAAGCUCUGCUGCAUGUGUAUUUCAGUACUAUGUCUUUGUCUGCACGUUGCACACACACUGUGUGCAUAUAGUAUAUUUUUACGCGACAUGCAUGCACGCGUUCGUAUGCGUGAGUGAACCGUCAACUCCUUGCUGUACUCUAGCCGAUGUGUACGUGUCAUGUGUAUGACCUACUUGUUCAGGCAAUUAAUGAAUAGUAAUUAUUUUCUUAAUUA